CUACCUCAAGUGUUAUGUGUCUCAUCAAUAAUCCACACCCAAGAGCCCUGUGACCCGAACAAUGGAAGUGCUGAACAAACUCCGCAAUACCGUGACCAACACAAUAAGCAAUACCGUGAACAGUACAGCCUACGGGCUCUCCCAACUGUCAAGUGUCCUCCCAGGGAACCCAGUGACCCGUGAAUUCGAGGCGACAGGCCACAUAGGGAGUGCAGGUCCAGGCCUCCUCUGGAAGGUCUACAGUGGCUUCAAGAAGUCCACCCGCCAGGAGGCCUCGAUCUUCGUCUUCGAGAAGAGACUGCUGGACAGAUGGUCGACGAGGCAAGAGCGAGAGGCUGUCCUGGAGGCGCUGAAGCGAGGAGUCGCCCAGCUUACGAAGCUGCGUCACCCCCAGAUCCUGACUGUCCAGCAUCCCCUGGAGGAAUCACGAGACAGCCUGGCCUUCGCAACGGAGCCAGUCUUCGCUUCGCUGUCCAAUGUCCUGGGAUCGUUGGAGAACUGUCCUCAACCGAUCCCCAAGAGCCUCAGGGACUACAAACUCCUGGACGUGGAGACGCGCUAUGGACUGCUGCAGCUAGGGGAGGGGCUGGCAUUCCUCCACAGUGAUGUCAAAUUACUUCACAGGAACUUGUGCCCGGAGUCUAUUGUUAUCAAUAAACAAGGGGCUUGGAAGAUCUUUGGGUUCGACUGCUGCGCCUUGAACCAGAAUCCGCAGGACAAACAGCCGUCUUGGAGUUACUCGGAGCAUGAUCCCAGUGUUCCCAGCGUUGGACAACCGCAUUUGGAUUAUCAGGCACCUGAGUGCAUUGUGGCGGGGAGUUGUGGACCCCCAAGUGAUAUUUUCUCAUUAGGAAUGCUCGCUUACGUUCUCCACUCACCUGGCAACCGACCACUCCACGAGAGCCACGGAGAUGCCUCGAAAUGUCGAAGGUUUUUUGCUGAUUUCAAGGGCACCCUGAGUGCCUCUAAACUAGGGUUUCUCCCUGCGGGAUUCAGGGAUGCUGUUAAACUCAUGCUGAGUGGAAAUCCAGAGCUGAGACCCGACGCCCAUCAAUUCAUCAAGAUUGAGUACUUCAUGGACAUCGGCGUCAAGACUCUCAAUUAUCUGGAUAAAUUGUUUCAAUGGGAUAAUCUUCAAAAAUCUCAAUUUUAUAAAGGACUCCCUCAAGUGCUUAAGCAGUUGCCACACAGAGUGGUACUGUACAGAGUUUUACCAUGUCUUUAUAAGGAAUUUGUUAAUGCUCCGAUGAUACCUUUCGUUCUGCCAAGUAUUUUACAAACUUUGGAGGAAUGCACUGCUGAGGAGUUUAGUGAACACAUUUUACCGAGUUUGAAACCAGUUUUAGCUCUUGAGGAACCGCCACAGAUAAGUCUGGUUCUGAUGCAACGGAUAGAUUUACUCCUGAAACUCUGCUCCGCCGAAGUCAUAAAAACCGAUAUUGUCCCGAUGUUAACGAGAGCCCUGGAUUCGCGUACAGAGCAGCUCCAGGAGCUGUGUCUAGCUGCAUUGCCAUCGAUAGCAACCCUGAUCGAGGGUCCACCGAUGAAAAACGUCAUCAUACCGAGAAUUAAAAAAAUUUGUUUGAAAGGAACCGGGGGUAAUUCGAGCCUCGGUGUCAGAGUGAACUGUUUACUCUGCUUAGCGAAGAUGCUGGAGCAUUUGGACAAAUGGAUUAUACUCGAUCAGAUUUUACCUUUCCUCCAAGAAAUCCCGCAUUCUGGAGAGCCAGCAAUUCUUAUGGCCAUCAUAGGAAUUUACAAAAUGGUUUUAACUCACAGUAAACUCGGAAUAAGUAAAGAAAUGCUGGCAACAAAAGUUCUGCCAUUUCUCCUUCCACUAUGUAUAGUCCAGAGUCUGAGUCCUUCUCAGUUCGAAGCUCUGGCAUCAUUAGUUAGUGAUAUGGUGACUCGAGUGACCACGGAGCAUCGUGAAGCCCUGAGGCAAUUGGAUGCUGUGCGCAGAGAGGCUCAGCAAUUGGACGAAGCUCUUCUGCAAACUACAAGUCCUUCGGUUAAUAUUUUGAACGAUACUUUUCCCAAAAAUGAUCUUUCCACGAUGAAUACGCAGACGUCUACUCCUAUGAAGGAUGGAAAGGGUCUCACCAUGGAAGAAAAACACAGAUUAGCAAAACAGCAGGAAACUCAUCAACGUCUGCAAUCGCAAAGUCCCUUGACGCCAAAAGCAGCCCCAAAGCCAAUGAAAAUCGAUCCUAAAGACCUCACCAGUACUUUAUUGGAGAACAACCUCAGUCAGCUGAACCUCUCAGCAAAAAAUUCCAAUUCUCAACCCAAUUACUCGUCCUUGACAUCAACAACAUGGAACUCAAGUCUCGGCAAGAGUCAGUGGGAGAGUGUGAAUGCACAAUCUCCAGUUUCUGAGUCAAAGUCAAAUAUAGCGCCCAGUUGGGGCUCGAAUGGAAUGAGUGCGAUGAGUUGGGGCUCACAAGUCACUUCUCCAGUUAAUCAGAUGGGUAAUUGGGGGAACUCGAAACCAAUGAAUGCUGUGAAUCAGAAUGCUGGGGCCUUUGGAAUGACCAUGGGGUCUGGGAUGCCUCGACCCCUGGGGCCUUCCAUGAAUUCUCCACAACAGCCCAAAUCCGCGAAUUUGUCUACUCAGGAUAUCAUUGACUUUCUCAGUUAAUGAAUGUGUGACUUCUGGGGAAAACAUACCUUUUUAUGUUGAAUCAUGAGGGUCUCACUUCGUUGAAUUAAGAAUCUUCGUAGACUGCUGGGAGAACAGGAAAUUUCACGGACAUUUUGGUAGUAAUUUUUAAGAGAGUGACAUUUAGUUUUAUUUGAAGGGAAUGAAAUCACGAAAUUUCGAAUUUUGAGGAAAAUUCAAGGGAAUUAGAAAUGGAAUUAAACGUUUCACCAAUUCGUUACUGAAAUAUAAAUAGUAGUGACUAAUCAUCACUAAUUAAUACACGGAAUUCAAUACAAAAGUUAUUGCAAUGUGUGUGCAAGGGGACGAGGGAAAAUUGCACUAUUAUUAAAUUUGUAAAUACCAAAAAAUUGAAAUUAAUUAAGAAUUUUGUAAAUUAAUUUUUAUGUAUUGUCGCAUCCUCCCUGGGGGAGAGAAUAAUCGUGUCAGAAAUAGUAAUUAAAGUGCAUUUCUGAGUGAAAGAAA